UUGCGCCCGAGCCACAGGCCGGGCCUGCUGCGCGCCCCCAGCCCGGUCGGCACCGCCACUUGCCUGAGCGCCCGGGCGGCCCGAGCGUGCCCCGAGCCCGGGCGCCGCCGCCGCCGCCACCUCCGAGAGGGUCCAUGCUGUGGUGGCCCAGCAGCAGAUGACCAGGCCUGGUAUUUAGUUCUUGCCGGCGACUGAGAGAGUUCCUCGGGGCCCAGAGCCCCCACCCUGCAUCCUCAUCACCAUGUCAGGGUCCACGCAGCCUGUGGCACCAACCUGGAGGGCCACGGAGCCCCGCUACCCACCCCAUGGCAUCUCCUACCCGGUGCAGAUUGCCCGGCCCCAUACGGAUGUUGGGCUGCUUGAGUACCAGCACCACCCGCGGGACUACGCCUCACACCUGUCCCCUGGCUCCAUCAUCCAGCCCCAGAGAAGGAGGCCCUCCCUGCUCUCCGAAUUCCAGCCUGGAAAUGAACGGUCCCAGGAGCUUCACCUGCGGCCCGAGUCGCACGCAUACCUGCCUGAGCUGGGCAAGUCGGAGCUGGAGUUCAUAGAGAGCAAGCGGCCUCGCCUGGAGCUGCUGCCUGAGCCCCUGCUGCGGCCCUCGGCUCUGCUGGCCACAGGGCAGCCUGGCGCCUCCGAGGACCUCACCAAGGAUCGCAGUCUGACGGGCAAGCUGGAGCCGGUGUCCCCGCCCAGCCCGCCGCACGCGGACUCUGAGCUGGAGCUUGUGCCUCCACGGCUGUCCAAGGAGGAGCUGAUCCAGAACAUGGAUCGUGUUGACCGUGAGAUCACCAUGGUGGAGCAGCAGAUCUCCAAGCUGAAAAAGAAGCAGCAACAGCUGGAGGAGGAGGCUGCUAAGCCUGCCGAGCCGGAGAAGCCCGUGUCGCCGCCGCCCAGCGAGGCCAAGCACCGCAGCCUCGUGCAGAUCAUCUACGACGAGAACCGGAAGAAGGCCGAGGCUGCACAUCGCAUUCUGGAAGGCCUGGGGCCCCAGGUGGAGCUGCCACUGUACAACCAGCCCUCCGACACCCGGCAGUACCAUGAGAACAUCAAAAUAAACCAGGCCAUGCGGAAGAAGUUAAUCCUGUACUUCAAAAGGAGGAACCACGCCCGGAAGCAAUGGGAGCAGAAGUUCUGCCAGCGCUAUGACCAGCUCAUGGAGGCCUGGGAGAAGAAGGUGGAGCGCAUUGAGAACAACCCGCGGCGGCGCGCCAAGGAGAGCAAGGUGCGCGAGUACUACGAGAAGCAGUUCCCCGAGAUCCGCAAGCAGCGUGAGCUGCAGGAGCGCAUGCAGAGCAGGGUGGGCCAGCGCGGCAGUGGGCUGUCCAUGUCGGCUGCCCGCAGCGAGCACGAGGUGUCGGAAAUUAUCGAUGGCCUCUCGGAGCAGGAGAACCUGGAGAAGCAGAUGCGUCAGCUGGCCGUGAUCCCACCGAUGUUGUAUGACGCCGACCAGCAGCGCAUCAAGUUCAUCAACAUGAACGGGCUCAUGGACGACCCCAUGAAGGUGUACAAAGACCGCCAGGUCACCAACAUGUGGAGCGAGCAGGAGAAGGACACCUUCCGGGAGAAGUUCAUGCAGCACCCUAAGAACUUUGGCCUGAUCGCCUCGUUCCUGGAGAGGAAGACAGUGGCCGAGUGCGUCCUCUACUACUACUUGACCAAGAAGAGUGAGAACUACAAGAGCCUGGUGAGGCGGAGCUACCGGCGCCGCGGCAAGAGCCAGGUAAGGGCUGGGCAGCAGCAGCAACAGCAGCAGCAGCAGAUGCCCCGUAGCAGCCACGAGGAGAAGGAAGAGAAGGAGAAGGAGGCGGAGAAGGAGGAGGAAAAGCCGGACGCCGAACACGACCGGGAAGAGCUCAGCAAGGAGAAGACAGACGACACCUCGGGGGAGGACAAUGAUGAAAAGGAGGCCGUGGUCUCCCGAGGCCGCAAGACUGCCAACAGCCAGGGGCGGCGCAAGGGCCGAAUCACCCGCUCCAUGGCCAGCGAGGCCAACAGCGAGGAGGCUGUCACGCCGCAGCAGAGCGCCGAGCUGGCUUCCAUGGAGAUGAAUGAGAGCUCCCGCUGGACAGAGGAGGAGAUGGAGACGGCCAAGAAAGGUCUCCUGGAACAUGGCCGGAACUGGUCAGCCAUCGCCCGCAUGGUGGGCUCCAAGACCGUGUCGCAGUGUAAGAACUUCUACUUUAACUACAAGAAGAGGCAGAACCUGGAUGAGAUACUGCAGCAACACAAGCUGAAGAUGGAGAAGGAGAGAAACGCUCGGAGGAAGAAGAAAAAAGCCCCGGCUGUAGCCAGCGAGGAGGCCGCCUUCCCACCAGCCGUGGAGGACGAGGAGAUGGAGGGGUCGGGCGCCAGCGGCAACGAGGAGGAGAUGGUGGAGGAGGCGGAAGCCUUACACGCCUCCGGGAGUGAGGUGCCCAGAGGGGAAUGCAGUGGCCCAGCCGCUGUCAACAACAGCUCUGACACCGAGAGCGUUCCCUCGCCUCGCGCCGAGGCCGCCAAGGACACGGGGCAGAACGGGCCCCAGCCCCCACCUGCACCUGGGGUCUCCACCCCACUGCCAGAGGAUACCCCAGCUCCUGCCGAGUCCAGUCCGGCUCCCAAGGCCGCCAGCUCCCCCACGCCCCCUCCAGCACCCUCGUCACCCGCAGCACCUCCUCCGGUGGUCCCCAAGGAGGAGAAGGAGGAAGAGGCCACAGCCGCACCCCCAGUGGAGGAAGGCGAGGAGCAGAAGGUGCCCGUGGCCCAGGAGCUGGUGCGUGCUGAGAAGACAGAGGAGCCGGGGUCACCUCCAGAGGAAGAGGUCAAGAGCGAGUGCAAGGAGGAGGCCCAGGAGGAGGGGUCGGACCAGGGCAAGGGGCCGGAGGCAAGCUCGGAGGCCACCCCAGAAGGGGUGCUCAAGGCUGAGAAGAAGGAAGGUGGGGGCAGCAAGAUGGCUGCGACCAAGGGCUCGGGUGCCCCGCAGGACAGCGACUCCAGUGCCACAUGCAGCGCCGAUGAGGUGGACGAGCCUGAGGGCGGAGACAAGAGCAGGCUGCUGUCCCCAAGGCCUAGUCUCCUGAGCACGGCCAGCGACCCCAGGGCCAGUGCCUCACCGCAGAAGCCGCUAGACCUGAAGCAGCUGAAACAGCGGGCAGCCGCCAUCCCCCCCAUUGUCACCAAAGUUCAUGAGCUCCCGCGGGAGGAUGCCACUCCCCCAAAGCCGGCUCCCGCUGCCCCACCGCCGCAGCACUUGCAGCCAGAGGGUGACGGCCCCCAUCAGCCUGGCAGCAGCCCUAGAGGAAAGAGCAGAAGCCCCGUGCCCCCCGCUGAGAAGGAGGCGGAGAAGCCCGCGUUCUUUCCAGCCUUUGCAGCCGAGGGCCAGAAGCUGUCGGCUGAGCCCCCUUGCUGGACGUCAGGCUUGCCCUUCCCCGUGCCCCCACGGGAGCUGAGCAAGGCCUCCACACACGCCCCAGAACCCUCGGCCUUCUCCUACGCACCACCCGGUCACCCUCUGCCUUUGGGCCUCCAUGACAGCGCCCGGCCCGUGCUGCCACGCCCGCCCACCAUCUCCAACCCCCCGCCCCUCAUCUCCUCCACCAAACACUCCAGUGUCCUCGAGAGGCAGAUGGGAGCCAUCUCCCAGCAGGGAAUGUCGGUCCAGCUGCACGUCCCCUACUCCGAGCAUGCCAAGGCCCCUGUCGGCCCCCUCACCAUGGGGCUGCCACUCACCAUGGACCCCAAGAAGCUGGCGCCCUUCAGUGGAGUGAAGCAGGAGCAACUGUCCCCACGGGGCCAGGCCGGGCCAUCAGAGAGCCUUGGGGUGCCUACGGCGCAGGAGACAUCCGUGCUGAGAGGGACAUCUCUGGGCUCCGUUCCGGGCGGAAGUAUCACCAAAGGCAUCCCUGGCCCGCGGGUGCCGCCGGAGAGCCCCAUCACCUACCGCGGUUCCAUCACCCACGGCACGCCGGCUGAAGUGCUGUAUAAGGGUACCAUCAGCCGCAUCAUCGGGGAGGACAGUGCCAGCCGCCUGGAGCGCGCCCGCGAGGACCCACCCAAGGGCCAUGUCAUCUAUGAGGGCAAGAAGGGCCACGUCCUAUCCUACGAGGGUGGCAUGUCCGUGUCUCAGGCCUCCAAGGAGGAUGGCCGGAACAGUUCGGGCCCCACCCAUGAGCCGGCCGCCCCCAAGCGCACCUACGACAUGAUGGAGGGCCGGGUUGCCAGAGCCAUCUCCUCGGCCAGCAUCGAGGGUCUCAUGGGCCGUGCCAUCCCAGCUGAGCGCCACAGCCCUCACCACCUGAAGGAGCAGCACCACAUACGUGGCUCCAUCACACAAGGAAUCCCGCGGUCCUACGUGGAGGCCCAGGAGGAUUACCUGCGGCGGGAACCCAAGCUGCUGAAGCGGGAGGGCACACCCCCGCCACCACCGCCACCACGGGACCUGACGGAGGCCUACAAGCCCCGGCCUCUGGAAGCCCUGGGCCCCCUGAAACUGAAGCCAGCUUCUGAGGUCCUGGUGGCCACUGUGAAGGAAGCCGGCCGCUCCAUCCAUGAGAUCCCACGUGAAGAGCUCCGGCACACACCUGAGCUGCCCCUGGCCCCACGGCCUCUCAAAGAGGGUUCCAUCACUCAGGGCACCCCACUCAAGUACGACACUGGCGCCCCCGCCUCCACGGGCUCCAAGAAGCACGACGUGCGCUCCAUCAUUGGCAGCCCAAGCAGGACGUUCCCUGGCGUGCACCCGCUGGAUGCCAUAGCAGACACACGGGCACUGGAGCGUGCGUGCUAUGAUGACAGCCUGAAGAGCCGGCCUGGGACAGUCGGCAGCACGGGUGGCUCCAUUACCCGUGGGGCCCCGGUCAUCGUGCCUGAGCUGGGCAAGCCACGGCAGAGUCCCCUGACCUAUGAGGACCACGGGGCACCCUUUGCCAGCCACCUGCCCCGGGGCUCACCCGUGACCACACGCGAGCCCACACCGCGCCUGCAGGAAGGCAGCCUUUCGUCCAGCAAGACGUCCCAGGAUCGGAAGCUGACACCGACGCCCCGUGAGAUAGCCAAGUCCCCCCACAGCACCGUGCCUGAGCACCACCCCCACCCCAUCUCGCCCUACGAGCACCUGCUCCGUGGCGUGAGCGGCAUGGACCUGUACCGGGGCCACAUCCCGCUGGCCUUUGACCCCACCUCCAUACCCCGUGGCAUCCCUCUGGACGCAGCAGCUGCCGCCUACUACCUUCCCCGGCACCUGGCCCCCAACCCUACCUACCCUCACCUGUACCCGCCAUACCUCAUCCGCGGCUACCCUGACACCGCAGCCCUGGAGAACCGCCAGACCAUUAUCAACGACUAUAUCACCUCACAGCAGAUGCACCACAACGCAGCCACUGCCAUGGCCCAGCGUGCUGACAUGCUGAGGGGCCUGGCACCCCGCGAGUCCUCGCUAGCGCUCAGCUACGCCCCCGGCCCACGAGGUAUCAUUGACCUGUCCCAAGUGCCACACCUGCCCAUGCUGGUGCCCCCAACUCCGGGUACACCAGCUACCGCCAUGGACCGCCUCGCCUACCUCCCCACCGCGCCUCAGCCCUUCAGUAGCCGGCACAGCAACUCUCCGCUCUCCCCAGGAGGUCCCGCCCACUUGACGAAAGCGACCAGCUCAGCCUCAUCCGAGAGGGAGCGGGAGAAGGCCCUCCUUGCAUCCACCGCGACGGUGGAGCACGCGCCCAUCUGGAGACCCGGUACGGAGCAGAGCAGCGGCGGUGGCAGCAGCGGGGGUGGGGGCAGCAGCAGCCGCCCCACCUCCCACCCCCACCAGCACUCGCCCGUCUCCCCCCGGACCCAGGACGCCCUCCAGCAGAGGCCUAGUGUGCUGCACAACACGGGCGUGAAGGGCGCCGCUGCCGCCGUGGAGCCCAGCACGCCCACAGUCCUGAGGUGGGCCAGGUCCACCUCCACCUCCUCACCUGUCCGCCCAGCCGCCACAUUCCCGCCUGCCACUCACUGCCCGCUGGGCGGCGGCCUCGACGGGGUCUACCCCACCCUCAUGGAGCCGGUCUUGCUGCCCAAGGAGGCCCCACGGGCCGGCCGGUCCGAGCGGCCUCGCACAGAUGCCGGCCACGCCUUCCUCGCCAAGUCCCUGGCCCGAGAGCCCACCUCCUCCCCCGGCAAGGGCUCCGAGCCCCGGCCCCUGGCGCCCCCCGGCCCCGGCCACACGGCCAUCGCCCGUGCCCCGGCGAAGAGCGUCGUAGCCCAGCACGCCAGCCCGGACCCAGCGGCGCCGCCCGCCUCGGCCUCGGACACGCACCGGGAAAAGACUCAGAGUAAAUCCUUUUCCAUCCAGGAAUUGGAGCUCCGAUCUCUGGGUUACCGCAGCAGUACCUAUAGCCCGGAUGGGGUGGAGCCCGUGAGCCCUGUGAGCUCUCCCAGCCUGACCCACGACAAGGGGGUCCCCAAGCACCUGGAGGAGCUGGACAAGAGCCACCUGGAGGGGGAGCUUCGGCCCAAGCAGCCAGGCUCUGUGAAGCUCGGCGGGGAGCCUGCCCAUCUCCCACACCUGCGGCCACUGCGGGAGAGCCAGUCCUCCUCCAGCCCCCUGCUCCAGGCCACCCCCGGGGUCAAGGGUCAUCAGCGGGUCGUCACCCUGGCCCAGCACAUCAGUGAGGUCAUCACACAGGACUACACACGACAUCACCCGCAGCAGCUCAGCGCACCCCUGCCCGCCCCCCUCUACUCCUUCCCCGGGGCCAGCUGCCCUGUCCUCGACCUGCGACGCCCACCCAGCGACCUCUACCUCCCGCCCCCAGACCACGGCCCACCAGCUCGCAGCUCCCCACACAGUGAGGGGGGCAAGAGGUCCCCAGAACCAAGAAAAACAUCAGUUCUGUGUAGCAGCGAGGACACCGUGGAGCCCGUGUCCCCACCAGAGGGCCUGGCGGAGCCGGGGCGCCCCCGCAGUGCUGUGUACCCCUUGCUGUACCGUGACGGGGAGCAGGCGGAGCCCAGGAUGGGCCCCAAGUCCCCAGGCAGCACCAGCCAGCCGCCGGCCUUCUUCAGCAAGCUGACCGAGAGCAACUCCGCCAUGGUCAAGUCCAAGAAGCAAGAGAUCAACAAGAAACUGAACACCCACAACCGCAAUGAGCCUGAAUACAAUGUUGGCCAGCCCGGGACGGAGAUCUUCAACAUGCCCGCCAUCACUGGAACAGGCCUUAUGACCUGUCGGAGCCAGGCGCUGCAGGAGCAUGCCAGCGCCAACCUGGGGCUGGAGGCCAUUAUUAGAAAGGCCCUCAUGGGUAAAUAUGACCAGGGGGCCGAGCCCCCGCCGCUCAGCGCCCAUGCUUUUAACCCUCUGACUGCCAGUGCCAGCCUGCCCGCUGCUAUGCCCAUAACCGCUGCUGACGGACGGAGCGACCACACGCUCACCUCACCAGGCGGUGGCGGGAAGACGAAGGUCUCUGGCCGACCCAGCAGCCGAAAAGCCAAGUCCCCGGCCCCGGGCCUGGCGUCCGGGGACCGUCCACCCUCGGUUUCCUCGGUGCACUCGGAGGGGGACUGCAACCGCCGGACCCCGCUCACCAAUCGCGUGUGGGAGGACCGGCCCUCCUCAGCAGGCUCCACGCCCUUCCCCUACAACCCUCUGCUCAUGCGGCUGCAGGCGGGCGUCAUGGCCUCCCCACCCCCGCCGGGCCUGCCCACCGGCCCCCACCCAGCCUGGGAUGAGGAGCCCAAGCCACUGCUGUGCUCCCAGUACGAGACGCUCUCUGACAGCGAGUGACUGCCAUUGCUGGGGUGGGGGCGGCGCCAGGCCCCAGCCAGAGGCAGGUGCAGCGCGGGGCGGCCGCCAGUGCCCCCACGAGGAAGGAGCCCCCGAGUCCAGUCCGCCUGCGCAUCUGUCCAUCCGUCCAUGCCGAGCUGGCAUCCUUGCCCGUCUAAAGCCUUAACUGGGACCCCGCCCCGGGCCGGCCCUGUGCAGUGACCUCACUCAGGGGAUGCUUACCUGGUGCUCGGGAGGGGAGGGGAGAGCAGGGGCCACACGCACGCGGCCGGGCCGGCCAGGGACUCACAGCAGGACGACCACGCACCUCCACGCCCCUGCCUCCCCCCUUCAUGCAUCUGGAACCAAAGUCUAACCCGGGCUGGCAGCCCCGUACCCUCCCUCCCGCCUCCCGUCCCGCUUAGCACUCUGUGCACCGGACACGGACGCCCACUCCCCCGUGUGCUCGGCCCGGCCUUGUGGGCUGCCACAGCCAAGGAGACUGCCGGUGGGCGAGUGGACGCUGGACGCCGGGCAGGGAGCAGGCGGGAGCCCCUGGGAGCGGGACUGCUCUCAGCACGUCGUGGCCGCGCGUGGGGCCAGAGAGGAGGUGUGGACGCUGUAUUGGUUUACAGGGUAUAUUUUUGAUACCUUCAAUGAAUUCACUCAGAUGCUUUCGGCAAGGAAGGGGGCCGCCGGUGUCCGGUGUCCCUUCAGCUGUGCUUUCCAGCUCUGCUUCCCGCUCAGGAGGCGCGAGCAGGCGACCGCCGGGGCUCCCGUGGUCCACGGCCCCCAGCACCCGCGGCCUCCCUCCCUCCCUUGGGCAGAAUGAAUUCGAUGCGUGUUCCGUGGCCGCCGUCUGCGCACGGCCGUGGCAUUCUGUCAUUUACACACGUGGUUCUAAUUAAAAAGCAACUUAUACUCGAGUCACACAGACCCUUCUGUGCCUUGGACCUAGUGGCCGGGAGGUGGCAGGGCUCUUGCAGAUA